AUCCGGUCAACAUGGGUAACAAUACGGUACAAAGCCGUGCAUUAUAGUGCAAGACCUGAUCGUUCAGUUGUCCCCCGCCAUAGCGCAACGGCACAUCCACUCCUUUGGACUCACCCGUUAAUGACUAUGCUCAGUGGUGAGUCGCAAACGCUUUCCGUCCGGGCGCCAUACCGGAACCAUACACUACGAGCGCGUGGGGUUUGUAGCUACUGCGUGCUAUCAUGGUUGCGCCGAUCACCUUUGUCUUCUUGCAAUUGCAAGUUUCAUCCUGGCAAUCAGUGGACAAUAUUCGUUUUGGCGUUUGCAACCUACCUGCUGGGAUGCUGGAGAGAUGCAGACCGACGAAUGCGUUUCCGAUUGGCUUUUGGUGGCUCGAAACCUACUUCGUGUUAGUUCAAAGGUGAAGCUCAGUAUCUACUGACUUUCCCCCGAUAUAGCAAUGAUUUGAUACUCCCAAGACCCUUUAAAUAGCUCAUGACCCCA